CUACUGUCUCCACAUUCUAUCCAUCUCUCCAUGUCAUCAAAGAAGCAGUUGGAAAAUGACCAAGAGCAAUCCUCGGAGACGGGUCCACCUACGAACAAGCGAAGACGCAUCGGCCUGGCCUGCAAUGCCUGUCGCGUGCGCAAGUCUAGAUGCGAUGGCCAUCGACCCUCUUGCUCGUCUUGUCUGUCUUUAGGAGUCAGUUGUCUAUACGAGCCUGGCGAUUCAACCACAAACGUCAUCGUGCGAAAGGACUACGUUUCAGACCUAGAACAGCGUGUCACAUCCGUCGAGCAUAACCUGCAACGGUUAAACGAUGUUCUCAAGGGCCAUCUAUCGCCGUGCAACAAUGGCAACACUACCAAUGACCUAAAUAACCACAACAACCGCGAUUCACCAUGUCGUCAGUCGAGUAUUGCCCAAUGCAUCUCAGUUGCCUCACCUCGACCAAACACUCGAGCCAAAAGUGCACCAAAUGAGACGUGUGCUACAGGUCUCGAAGAACCUCAUGACGAGGACGCCAACACCAAUGGCAUGGCCAUGACCUUUGUCGAAGAAAAGACAUCUGCUUAUUAUGGCGAAGCUUCAAAUAUAAAUUUUACGCAACUUUUGCUCAGAGCCAUGGCUACCGUUCAUGGCGCCACGCCUGUAGCGCCAUCCGCCUUGAACCAAGCCCCUGUUCCUGGAGAUGGCAUCCUCGCCAACAUGUCACAGAACCAACAAGAAGUAUUCGUCGGUGGCUUGGCGACGCCAGAAUCAUCACCCACAGCUCUGCCGUCAGUCCAAGAGAUGGACAGCUUAUUGGAAAUAUACUUUGACACAGCUGGGGUCGUAUUUCCUUUCAUCUGCGAGGAUACCAUGAGAAGCACAUACAACGAGUGCAGACUCAACGGUUUCACAAGAGCGCGCAGGACAUGGCUUGGAACGUUGAACAUGAUCUUUGCUUUCGCUAGUAGCUUCGACCGACGCGACUCUGUAUCUUCAUCUGCGAAAAGACGCUUCGAGAGGGCCAACGUGUUUUAUAAAAGAGCUACCGCACUCUGUGGUGAACUGUCGAAACGAGUUAUUAGCCUCGAGAUAGUUCAUUAUCUUAUUCUGGUCGUCCUUCAUUGCCAGGGGACGCAACGAUCGGUACAGGCCUGGAACAACCACGGACUAGUCAUCCGAUCAGCCAUGGCGCUAGGUCUGCACUGUGAAUCCAGUGGGGCAUCCUUUGACCCUGUUCAGCAGGAGUUCCGUCGACGGACGUGGGUUGUGAUAUACUGCCUGGACAAGGUGCUUAGCACUGCAUUUGGAAGACCGGCGAGUAUCCCAGACGAACAGAUGAAUUCGUUUAGCAGACGCGAAUCUGUCACUGGACUUUCACCCGUGUCUUUGUCUGAUCCUCGAGUUCCUGUCGAUCUCCCGGGGGACUUUUUGUCGGUUUCAUUCAGGCUGUAUCAAGUCAUGAGCAAGUCGCUCGUUGAACAAUACGGAGCGAACCUGGACCAUGUCGACUCUGGUCACGAUGACAUGGCUCCUUUGAAAGCAUCAGGCGAGCUACGAAAACAGCUCCGUCUUUGGGCAGGAAGUCUUCCAGGUCACCUACGUGUCUGCCAACCAGAAGACGAGUGUAUAGGCGUUAACUCACAAGGGAACAGACUCCGCGUCAUCCUCACAAUGAGGUAUCAUAACCUUGGUAUUUUGAUACACAAGCCUUUGCUCAGCGCCACAAUACGUCAUUUGUUCCAGUCGGAGAAAAGAGUGGAUGCGCCGCCGCCGUAUAUGAUACAACUUGCCAUGGCAGAGGCGCACGAGUGUUUACGAUCUGCGCAGUUGACGAUUGACAUUGUACAUGCGGUCAUUAGUGCAGAUCCUACGCCCAAGAACAACCUUGGCGCCUGGUUUUUUACACUGUACUACGCCUCACUGGCUGUCAGUGGUCGUUUGCUUUGGGCACAGCAUGGUCAGAGUAUAGUAGAUGAAGUCGCGGUCAAUCACUGCAAGAGUCUACUCAGCAAAGCCGAAGAGAUAUUUCAGAAGCUCGACCACGAAAACAGUCUGGUCUUGAGUUGUCUUGAGUAUAUCCGGCGCCUGGCCCGAAUGUGCAGUUUGAAGGGUGAGUGA